AUGAAGGAUCUUGCCUGCAUCAUAUCCCCACGGAGGUCGCAAUAUCCCACCUUCUCCUCCACGCUGGUCAGGGCCGAAAAUAAAGAUCAAUGGCGCCCUAGUGAGAUGCAUGCUGCUCCUCUAGUCUAUCACAUAGGAACACACGUAUUAUGGCAUCGAAUCGUGGACAUUUCUUCGUUCAAGGCCUUGUCGAUGGAUCUCUCGAGGUUGGCAGCCGGGGAAGAAGGAGAACAAGGACGAAGCGUAAAGCUCUCAAACAAGCGUAGUCGCGGUAGAUGCAUGGGUCUAUUCUUCGCCAUCGUCUUCCAGUACUUUGUCUUCUCCUUUGUCGCGUUACAAUUCAGAUUCGGUCGCUCGUCCCCUGAAAUUGGCUUUGUGUCUCAAGGAAAUUGA